UUUCUAAAUAUAGAUGCUGAUUGCACCAUAUUCUUGCGGAUUGAGCGUGAUCGGUCAGAACAGGAACAAGACUGAGGGGAACAACAGAGAACAGAAGGAAACGACCGUAGAGACAAGCCGGCAAGCGCCGUGGCUAAACCCGAGUCCCAAACACAAGUACUGGAAGAAGACAUAGAGUUACUGGACCUAUUCACGAUUGAGGGACGAGACAACGAAGUGUUUCAAAGCUACAAUAACACACUGUCUAUAGCCACGGCUGCUAGGAUUGAGUCGGCAGAAGGUGACGAGUCGGUGUUGUUGGCAAUGGACGGGCAGGAUAUGGGGUUCUACGACGGACUGACUGGGGAAAUCCCCAGGUCAUUGGACGAUCUUGUCGAUUUGCUGGAUAUCAAGGAGACUUCUGGAACAGCAGGGUCCCAUGAUAUCCAGCAUUUCCCCACGUUUGCCUCGGAAGACCUGUGGCCUAUUUGACACAGGUUUUGCUGGCGACGCUCUUGACGUCGCCAGCUUGGACCUUUGUGUCCCAGCUGACAUUGACCAGUCGCUCUUCACCUUUGGGGGCGUCGGCUCCGGUGACCUCUCUCACCUCUCAGAGGGCACCUCAGGACUGUCGGCAACUGUCGUUGACUCUGAUGCAACGCUGAAAGCUGACAUCCCCACAGCCCCCGGGCUGAUGGACUGGAGCUAUGAUGACGUGAUGGACCCUCUAGGUGGGCUGGGCGACCCUCUGGCCGAUGACAGCUUGGACGCAUUUGUCAAUUUGGAUUCGUUUUUCAUGGAGAAUUCAUUCCUUGACAAUGGAAGCCUGACGGCAAAUGAGCCUGCGGAGGUGAAGCCGGUGAUUGCCUUCUCUGUGGAGGAGACGGCUGCUGUGAGCAAACAGGCGACUCCGGUUAAGCCAGCACAGACAGCUGGCAAGUCGCCUGCUACCAAGACAUCCCGCAAGCGCAAAGCACAGACGUCGGUGGCAGCCGUGGAGACCACCUUGUUCAAAAUCCCCGGAACUGUCGGGCAGGCCACGAUGCCGAUAACAGCAGCUGAUCCUCAGGUGGACCACGACUACAUCGUCAAGAGUCAACAGAUGUCUUCUUCAUGCGAGACAGUGGAGGAGAAAAGUUACAGCAACAAAAGAAAUGGCACAACGAAGCGCAAGAGGAUUUCUUCCUCAGCUUCUGAUGCCUCAGAGGUUAGCACAGCCAGCACAGUAUUUGACGAUUUUGUAGAUUCAGACACGCCGGUCGAUAAACAGGCAGUGCGACGCAUGAAGAACAACGUAGCCUCUAAGAGAUCCAGGGAGCAGCGCAAGCAAAAGUUUGCUGACAUGGAUCUCGAAGCAGAGCAGUUGAUCACAGAAAAUGAUCGUCUCCGCAAUAAAAUUAUUGAAUUAGAAAAACUAGCUAAAGAAAUGAAAGCACAACUUGUCGCAAAAAUGGCAGGUACAGCCUAAAGAGGCUUACUUUUUUUAUAACAAGGUGCAUUUUAAAUGUAUUCAAAUGACGUAGUCUUACGACUCCAAAUAUGAUCAAUGUGAAGCUCUGUUGUGCCAUUUCACUUUGACCUACACAAAGAGUGUAUUGCUGUAACUGCGAUGAAGGACUUUGUUUGGGCGUACUGUAACUUGUUGGCACUUGUCUGACUGUGCUCGAUCUAACAGUCUCACAACUGAGAGAACCCAUGGGUCAGACUGGUGUUAGACAAGUGAGGGUACCAACUUUUUUUUUACACACCCAUUUCUGCAUUUCCAAGAAUUUGAUGAGUUUAUAUCUUAAUGCCAUAGCUGUGAUGGAGAGCAGCUGUAAGGACAGUGGCUGUAAUGAUGUGUCACUGUUCAGAUGUAAAAAUUUAUUUGUGUAUAAUAUUGUAUAGAGAACAUUUACCUAGUUGUCAACUUGUUUGUUUUGAAAUCUCGAUUUGAACUGAUGAUGGUAAUGUACCUUCCUAUGUGGCAUACAAAGACGCAAUCUCGCCUAUUUGUUCAAGAGAUUCUCAGCAUGCCGGGAAGUGAGUGAUGCUGAGAAACAGCAUCGCAUCAUGUUGUUUUAGCUUGUGUGCUUUGUCUUCUGUCUAACUGGACUUGGGCUUUCACAUUUCUUACAGUGGGGGGGGUAAAAUUCUGUAACUUUAAGUAAAUUAUAUCUCUAUAGAGAUGCAUUUUUUAAAUUUUAGCUGCUUUGACUUCUGAAAAAAAAAAUGCACUUGUAACUUAUGUAUUGGCUCACUGUCCUGUUAAGCUCUGCCUCUUUUGAUAAAAGUCAUGUUUUUUUCUACAUUGUAUCAUACAUUUUUAUACAUCAUGUGAUGAACAUAUUGCUGUCAGACUUUCAAUUCAUUUUUCCUAAAGAUCAUUCACGUCCUGUAUUUUUGUACUACCAGGUAACUGAUUUGCAAGAACUGUAUCUCCAUCACUUCUAUGGGGUUAUUUUAUGCUCCAGAACUUGGUAACCAUCAAAUGUCAAUUUUUAUUGCGAUCGAAAAAAUUGAUGAAUUGUUAUAACGUGGACCAAACAGAACUAUUUUAGAACAGAUCUAAUAGUGAAAGCCUUUGCCAGUACUGAGCUCCGGUAUAAUACAUAUUGCUUGUGCAGAAAGCUCCUAUGAUUUUAGAGGAUUCUUCAAAAGUGUGCACUUUUACUUUUAGUUUCUAUACUAUUAAAAUUGAUAAGAUCAGCAACCUUGUUGGUUAUGGGAACUUAGCUGACAUUAGAUAGAAGGAAUGGGAGAGAGUCGAGAGUGCACACAGCUAAAACUAUAAAAUGUUUAUACAGUCCACUUGUUUUCCUUUUCUUUUUGAGCUGAAAUGUUUUGGGUUUUUUAAAAUUUAAGCAAAGGAGACCCAUUUUCCACCACGGGUUUAUCCAUCUCCCAGACUUUUUUUUCCCUCAAUGAUCUCUCACUACUCUCAGUAGUCACAGGCUUAACUUAAAGUAAAGAGCACCAAAAAAUGGUGAUGGUUCAAUUUCAAGCUUAGUGAGGUUUCUAGUGAAGUGAUUAGUCACUUCACUUUUAUGGUCGAGUAUCUCGGUCUUUUUGCUGUGAUUGGACUGGUGUAUCCCUCUCAGCAUUGUGUCGAUAGAGGCAUUUAAAAAACUUACUUUUUUUUUCUUUUUAAAAAGUCACCUCACCUUGCUCACAUAGGAGUUCAAUUCUCAAGUGAGGAAGUUGUUUUCUGCUGAGAUGUAAUGUCCCACACACCUUGGGCUUAGGUUGGCCCUAUCAGGCAGGGCCGGAACAGCCUACCUCUUAAAAACAAUCUUAAGUCUAGAUUGUGUUAUGCCAGUUUAGGGGGGGGGGGGGGGGGGGGGUAAAUGCUGCUUCUUUUUUUUGUGUAUCCUUUGUACUAGUUUAAAAUGAGUAAUAUUAGGGCAACUUAUUCAAACACUUUUUACUCUUUAGACCUUUUUUUAAUAAAUUCACACCCUCAGACCAAAUUUUAAAAAUAAAAAUCAGACUUUGUUGUUUAUCUGACUGUUGAAAUAAUUCGAAUAUUGUUUUUCUACCCUGUUCUUCUUGUUUUAUAAUUUAUAGUGUAGAUCUAACUCUAAUGGGAUGAGAUUGGGGCUGUUGAUAUCCCAUGGGAAAUAAGACAAAAAAAUAAAGUUUUGGUCUGAAAACUGAGUAAUCAGUGUCAACAAACAACAACCACGAAAAAAAGUUGAAUAAACUUGAUAGAAAACCUUA